UCAGUUGAAGAUUCGAAUGUGAGCUGUGAUUCAGGAAAGUGAUCUAACCAAAAUGAACGGUCUAAUAUGUGUGGCCGGAGUGCUACUGCUGGUCGCUGCAGUAGCCAACGGAUAUCCUACGCCACGAAAUAACGAUGACUUUGACUGUACGAUCGAUGAAAAUCAAGGCGUCAUCGUGCGUCAUCCGGAUUCGUGUUCCAUGUACAAAAUCUGCUUCAACGGUGUCCUAGUGGAUGGAAGCUGUCCAGCUGGAUUAUUCUUCGAUGAGGAAAGUCAAAGUUGCGAUCUACCGGAGCGAGUGAAUUGCGCCCUGGAUGAGGAUGAUGAGGAGGUAGAAGCUGCGGAAGAAAAACCAACAGAAGAGACUCCCGAAGAGGAAGAAACUCCGGAGGAGGAAGAAGAGACACCAGAGGAAGAAACACCAGAAGAAGAGCCAACAGAAGAGGAGGAAGAAGAGACUCCAGAGGAAGGGGAAGAAACACCAGAAGAAGAAGAAGAGACUCCAGAGGAAGAAGAGGAAACACCAGAAGAAGAACCUACAGAAGAGACACCUGAAGAGGAGGAAGAAGAGAAUCCAGAGGAGGAGGAAGAAACACCUGAAGAAGAAGAAGAAGUGGAGACUCCAGAAGAAGAAGAGGAAGCUCCAGAAGAAGAACCAACUGAAGAGACUCCUGAAGAGGAGGAAGAAGAGACUCCAGAGGAAGAGGAAGAAACACCAGAAGAAGAAGAAGAAGAAGAAGAAGUGACUCCAGAGGAAGAAGAGGAAACUCCAGAAGAAGAACCAACUGAAGAGACUCCUGAGGAGGAAGAAGAGGAGACUCCAGAAGAAGAAACACCUGAGGAGGAAGAAGAGACUCCAGAAGAAGAAGAAGAAGAAGAAGAAGAGAUUCCAGAGGAAGAGGAAGAAAACCCAGUAGAAGAAGAAAAACCCGAGGAGGAAGAAGAAACGCCAGAAGAGGAAGAAGAGUCUCCAGUAGAAGAAGAGGAAGAAACACCAGAGGAAGAAGAGACUCCAGAAGAAGAAGAGGAUACUCCAGAAGAUGAACCAACCGAAGAGACUCCUGAGGAGGAAGAAGGCGAAACCCCAGAAGAAGAAACUCCAGAAGACGAAGAAGUAGAGAUUCCUGAGGGUGAAGAAGAAAAUGAAGAAUCUCCCGUGGAAGAAGAAGAAUUGCCGGAAGAAGAAACCCCUGAAGAGGAGGAAGAAACACCCGAUGUAGAAGAAGAAAUUCCAGAACCAACACCAGAAGAGGAAGAGGCGAGUCCUGCAGAUGACCAAACCCCAGAAGAGGACAAUGAAGCCCCGGAAGUCGUGGAGGAUGAACAGGGAGAAAAGCGUACCACCGACCAAGAUGAAGUACCAGAAGAGGAAGAAGUAAUAGAUGAAAACCAAGAUGAUUCACAAGCGGAGAACCCAGAUACUCCUGAUGUUGAAGAAGGGGAAACUCCAGAUGUUGAACAACCUGAAGAAGAAGAAGGUGAUGAAAUAAACCCAGAGGAUGAUGAGGAUAGUGAAGUGGACAUUAGUCAGGAUCCUGAAGAAACUCCAGAAGAAAAAAGAACCACUGAAGAAGAUGUAGGAGCACCAGACGAUGACGAAUCUGUUGAUAAUGAAGAUGAUGAAGAAAAUAUCGAAACUCCAGAUAAUGAACUACCAACAGAAGAAACUCCAGAUGACGAAGAAACAGUGGAAUCGCCAGAGGACGAAGAGGAGUCUCCUGAGGAAGAGGAUGACGAGGAACCGGAGAUCCCGAUUGAUCUUCCCGACAAUACUAUUCCGAUUAUUCCACCAGAGGAGCUGCCGGAAGAAGUUCCUAGUGAAGUUCUCCCGGAGAUCUCGGAGCCUUAAUUCGAGAUUAGAGAAUGAACUCAAGUUGCCAAUAUUUGGCAUUGUUCUUAGUAAAUAAUUUAGACAAAAAUUAAGUGAUCAUCACUUGAACGUUGGAAUCGUGCACCAAAUGAAUAAAUAAAUAGUAGAAGAGAAAAAA